CCUCUGAAACUCACUGAUAUAUCAACUCCUCCUCUCCACUCGACCUCCCAGUAACAGCGACCAGUCAGACCAGUUGAACACAGCAGCUGAGGCAACUGGUCAAAUCUGUCUGGAUGAUCAGGAUAUGACUGUUCCUCCUCCACGUGUCACCUUCCUGUUGUCAGACAGUUUUAUCCUUCUGUUCACUGUGUUUGUUCCCUGAAUGCAGCAUUGCCUAGCAACAACGUAUCUUGUUUAGUUUCUCUGCUUUCUCUCAGCGUAAACUUUCUCAAACUUUCUUUUACACAAUGCCCAAAAAGAAGGAUAAGAAAAGCAGCAACAAACAAGAUGAGGCAAAGAAACCACAGAAAAGCGAGACUCCGGCAGAUAAAAACGUUUCUGACGACAAAGAGAAGGAUUUGUACCUGACUCAGAUACGAUAUUUGAACGAACAGCUGGAGAGAUACCAGCUGAAAUGUGAUGAACUGGAGAGGCAGAAGAGGGACUUUAACUCGCAGUACAGUGCACUGGAGAAACAGAAAAAGGACAUUGUUGAGUAUUUGAAAUGCUCCGUGUUGGAGAAGGAGGAUGAGUUGGAGGAGCUGUCAGAGCGCCUGGAGAGUCAGCGGCAGGCUGCUGAUAAAGACAGAGACGCCCUGCAGCUGCAGCACAGCCGGCUGAGGCAAGAGCUCCAAGACCGGAUAGAAGAGCUCACCAAGGAGAACAGGACACUUGUGGCAAGGCUGGCUAGUCUGGAGGAGUUUCAGAAGGAGAAGGAGCAGCUGAUGUCCAACAUGGCGUCUCUGGAGAAGCAGGUGGCCAUUCAGAAGGAGGAGCACAAAGCUGACAUUCACAACCUGGAGAUGAAAGCACUGCUGGAAAAGAGGAGAUUGGAGAAGGAGAUGGAGAGCCAUGUGGCGGCCAUGGAAGCAGAGGUGAAGCAGCUGGUGGACCAGAAGGUUCCUGAGACGACCCGACUGGCCCUUCAGGAGAACACGGAGGCGAGGGCUCAGUUAAACCAGCUGUCGGAGCAGACUCACAUCCUGAUGAAGGAGAACUCGGCCCUGCUGGACCGUAAGACUAAACUCAGCGUGGACGUGGACAUCCUGGAGCACAUGCUUAGCGAGCUGUCCCGCAAGAGCUGCAUCCGCAAGAAGGUGGUUGAGCAGCUGACGGAGAAGUGUCAGCAGCUGCAGGCGGAGCUGAACGUCUGCAGGCAGGAGCUUCAGCAGCUUCAGACUGAGCACAGAAGCGUCCUGGUCCAGAUGGAGGCACUCAGGCAGGACUGGGCCUCGCUGUCUGAACAGAGCAGUAAAAACAAAGCCGAGGUGAGUCGGCUGGACUCAGAGCUACAGGAGGAAAGGAGGAAGAGGAGCAGGAUGAAGAGCAUCAUGCAGGAAGCAGCCGUCACUCUCAGACAGGCUCUGAUGGAGCAGGACUCGGACCGGGACCUCAGUGUCGUCCAGUGGAAGCAGCUGGUGCAGAAGCUGCUGGUGGUCUUGGACAGACCCACACUCGUCAACUCCAACACUGAGAAACUGGACGAGCUGCAGACCUCAGACGCUGCAGCAGCCAGCGCAACGACUCUGGGUCCAUCUGUGAGCUUCCAGUUUCAGCUGGCCCGCUACAGGCCGGGAGAUCUCGGCCUCGUCCCCCCACCUGCAUCGAAACACAAACGCAUCCUCUCCAGGACGCGGGCGGCGUCCAUCCUGCCUCUGCACAGGAAACCCUCCGCUCAGAAGACGUCCAGCUCCGUCACCCCGACUGAUUCAGCUGUGAGUCACUUGACUUCCAAACUCUCAGUCACCAAACUCAAAUGACAGUGACAAAACUUGUUUGUUUUUUUUUGUUUUUUUUUUAAUACUGUUAAAGCCUUUCAAUGUCAGAGAAAAAACCUGAGAUUUUAAAACAGAGAUUUACUAUAUGUCACCAGAUAAAUUCAUUUAUUUUGGGUUGUAAAUGUCUAAGCUUUUUGUUGUUUGUUCAGCCAUCAUGAUUCUCUGAUAUUUACACAUUAAAAAACAGAUAACCACCUCCUCCUUAAAUACCUGUCCCUCUGUGAUAAUGUGAUGCAGCCAACACAGUGACCCCCCCUCCCCCCAUCUCCUCAACCUACAGUUGAAUAAUGAUAAAUGAUGAAUUCAUGUGUAAUUAAUUACUUUAUACACUGCUGGGAAGCCUGUGAACUCCCCUCGAGGAUCAAUAAAGUCUUACUUAAACGAAUAAAUGAUACACCAACA